GUUUCCUGUCCUUCCUGUGGUUUGUAGCCUUCUGCUUCCUUGCAAACCAGUGGCAGCGGACGACGAUGAACAAAGCGGUUUCCCAAGGAGCGGACGCCGCCCGGGCCGCCAUCACCUUCUCCUUCUUCUCCAUCAUCGUCUGGGUGGCUCUGGCGGUGAAGGCGCUGCAGAGAUACCGCCUGGGGACGGACAUGUCGCUCUUCGCCACCGACCAGUUCGCCGCCGACGCCAGCGCGGCUUACCCCGGCUACCCCAGCGGCAGCGGCAUCGAGAGCACAGAGACCUACCAGAGCCCCCCCUUCACCGAGACCUUAGACGCCAACCCCAAAGGUUACCAAGUGCCGGCGUACUGA